CAGCGACAUAUUGACAACUUGAACUCGAAACUUCUUUCCCCCUGCAGCUCGAGCCAGACGAUUGACUCAAUCAACCAGCCAACAAGCAACGGUCUCACAGUACUUCAGAGUCAGACCGGCGCCAUGAGCGAGGAAUCGGAAGAUAGCUAUUUCUUUGACGCAGCCUGUGAGCUUCAGGCGUGUCUCAACCGCAACACAUACAGCCCCGACAAAUGCCACGAGUAUCUGCGCAAAUUGUACGAAUGUCGCCAGUCUAUGUAUGAACGAACCGAGGGCAAGGGAGAGUCGACAGCCUGUCCCAAGCCGAGCGUCGUCCGCAGAUGGCUGAAGAACCAGGGAGAGAACGUAAUGUAAACUGCAUGUUAUCCGAGCAAUGAUGCAUGAUGUGUCGGAUGACAUCUGAAUGAGGGGUAGAAGGCUACGAAGUACUAUCUGCAUUGAAUGAGACGAUGCCGGACUAGAAUGUAAAGUUGACUCCGCCGUGUAUUAGAUGGCCGCGAGAACGUGGUACAAUGAUAAAACUUAACCUCUUCUCAGGUUUCACCUUCGACAAUCGUGUGAUCACUCAGGAAGCCUUCAUUAUUAUCACAUUC